AUGGUAAAUUCACUAGCCAUACCUGUCAAUCUUCCUGCAGCUCAAACAAAGAAUGUGGGUCCAAUAAUCGAUCCGCCAAAAAAGUACGAUUCACCAGCUAAAACCACUGCUAACCCAGUUCUACUGAAUUUAACUCCAACGAUUUCAACAGGAGAAGUAGAAACUAAAAAAGAAGUUGCACCGCUACCAACUGUCCUUGAACCCGUUCCAACUCCUGCGAAGAAUCCACAAAUUAAAGCAAAAUCUGAAGAGCCGAUAAUUGACCCACCGAAAAGACAAAACGAUAAAGAAACUUUAGAUACACCUAAAAUAAAAGAAAUAUACGUAGAAUCAGACCCAACGCUUAUACCAACAAACGAACCAAUUGAAGAGCCGAAAAUUACAACGACUCAAUACCUAGCUGAGCCAACGGUUGACCCAGAACUUCAUCCAAUCGAUCUAUUGUUAUAUAGAACAGAUGAACUGGAGUCACCAAUUGAACCAUUGUUCGAAUCGCCUGUCGUAGAGCUUGAAAAAAAUGUAGAAAACGAAGAAGAAGUUGCAUCAGCUCCAACCGUUCCUGAACCUGUUGCGGCUCCCACAACAGACAUAGAUAUUAUUACAAAAGUUGAAGACCCGAUGAUCGAUUCACCGAAAGAACAAAACGAUGAAGAGCCCGCAGAUAUGGUGGAAAUAGAACCAAUAUACGUAGAAUCAGACCCAGUGCUUACACCAACUAACGAUCCGAUGGAAGAGCCAAGCACUACAACGACUCAAUACCAAAUAGAGCCAACAGAUGAUCCAGAACUACAUCCAAUUGAUCCGUUAUUAUAUCCAACGGAAGAACCGGAGUCAAAAGUAUAUGAAAUCGACUAUGAGGAGUCACCAAUUGAACCAGUGUUUGAUUCGGGGGUUGAAUCGCCUGUCAUUGAAGAAC